AUGUCCUCUAAGCCCUCCGCGAGACGGCGCCAGCCGCAGAGGUUCGCUCUGCCCAAUGGCAAGGAAGUGAUCGUGUCCCUGCCCGAAGAUUACGACAACCUGCGCAAGAAGUACGGCAGCCAGGACGAGAUACAGGUCGAAGUCGUCCUCCACGGUUCGACAGAGCACUGCAACUAUCUCAGAGAGACUCGAGAUCAUCACGAGGGUCGUCGAGCCAAGCUGCGGGAGCGGCAUGGUCCAGCCUUUGAAGAGUGGGAAGACGUGCAGAGCCAGCUGGAUACCUUCAACAGCGAACUGGACCGGCUCUCUACCAACACCAACGGUCUGAGCGCCAACUUCAACAAGUUUGGCUAUGGCGCUGAACUGCGAACCUACAAUGAUGAUGAGACUCCAGAUUUGGAUACGUCCACGUCGGAUACAGUCUCCAUCGCCUCGAGCUGGAGUCAAGCCCGACUGGGAGAGACUACAAAGCUCUUUAAGAAGCCCGUGGUGAAACAAUGGUUUCACAAAGGCUUGCUAUGGCGCGCUUCAGAAAACACAGAAAUUAUGGCUAUCGAGCUGUUCUUUGACCUCCUCUACGUCGGCAUCAUUCACAUCAACGGCGAACAUGUCUGGGCUGAACCGACCGGCAAGGAACUACUCCGCUUCGCAAUCACCUUUAUCAUGUCGUGGAAGAUCUGGGCCGAUGUCACUUUGGUCUUGAGUUGGUUCGAAACCGACGACGUCUUGACUCGAUUGGAAAUUCUGUUCGAGAUUGCCUGUCUCUUAGGAUUCACCACCAACAUGACAUACGCCUUUUACGACAACGAGGAACACAACACGUAUACGAUGCUGGUAUCUUUCUAUCUAGCUGCGAGAUUCAGAACCUUGGUUCACUACCUGGCUACCGGUUUCCUCCUACCCAUGAUCCGAGGCGUCAUGAUUUGCGAAGCCAUUAACGUCUUGAUACCCUCCGUCCUGUGGAUCGCCAGUAUUCAUGUCGAGAUGCCCUCAAGGCUGGGCCUUAUUUGGGUGGCCCUCGCCCUCGACAUGUGGGGUCAGAGCAUCAUCACUGGGCUCUUCCGGUACGGAAGGAUGGCCGGUGAGAAGAGCGGCAUUGGCAAGUUCCUGGCCAAGGUCUUUGAGUUCUAUCCCGCCGUCAACAUUGAGCAUCGAGUGGAACGCACCAAUGCCUUUGUGUCACUGGUCUUUGGAUACUCGGUUGUAGGCGUCAUGUUCCAGAGCUAUGGAGGUUAUCACGUCAACUCAUUCUUGGGAAAGGCUGUGCUUGGGCUCGUUCAGGCGUUUGUCUUUAACUGGAUCUAUUUCGAUGUUGAUGGCAGCAACAUUGACAUACAUGCUAUCAGACGUUCUAUCAUUUCGGCCACCGUCUGGAACUACGCCCAUCUUCCAUUCAUCAUGGGUUACAUCCUUGCCUCUGCCGGACUAUCCAAGUUGGUCCUGGCAACAGACGCAGGCGGCGCCAACGCCGAGCAACUCUCGGAGCACUACUCCCACCGUGCAGAGGAUAAGGUCGCCAACGGUAUUCGAUUCUUCUAUUGCCACGGCCUAGCCAUCGCGCUGCUCUUCAUGGGAGUCAUUGCCUACUGCCACGAGCAUCGCAAGCCGGCAACACUUCGCUGGAGCAAGAAUACCCGACUAGCCAACCGUUUUGCCGUCUGCAUCGUCAUGUUCCUGCUCCCGCUCGCCAAGAGCCUCAACUCCCUCAACCUCAUCUCCAUCACACUCGGUCUGACCGUCUGGGUCCUGCUGGUAGAGCUGUUUGGCAAGUCGUGCCGCAACGACCCCUUUAUCGGCGAGAAGAAGGGAUGCAGGGUGCGAUACUCAUGCAAGUGCAGCAAGAAGGACUUUCAGAAGGCAAAUGUCGAUGAGAAGCUGGAAGUGCCCGUUGCUGAGGUUCUUGAGCUUGGUCCUAGGGAGAAGACUGCAGUUGCAGACGUGCAGGACUGA